AUGCUCAUACUUCUCAUCGGACCACCCUGCGCAGGCAAGCAGACCGUACAGGACUAUCUCGUCCAGCGACACCAAUUUGCGCCCGUGAGACUCGCAAAAGCAUCGCCCGGCAGCGUGUCAGGAGCUAGCACGAGCAAGACGCUCCACUUUGACGAUCCUCUCGCUUUUCUCGACUAUGCCACGCGCAGAUGGCAGCAACACUUUGUCUGCACAGACUUGCCCCUGAACAGAGAGACGGUAGAUGCCUUUCUCAAACGGCCUUGGGUGCUCCUCAUCGCCCUCGAGGCACCGCUCAUGACACGUUGGCAUCGUCAGCAAGCCAGACAAGACGGCAAUGCAACCUUGGAAGAGUUCAUCCAGCUCAAUGACGCGCUCCUCUACGCGACAUUGUCGUCGCCUGUGAAUUCUACAGAGCCGCAAGAUGCUACUGCAACCUCAGGCCGCAUGGAAGAGAAGCGGCGUGAGCGACACAGACAGGCCUCUGCCUCGUCCGUGUCAGGCGCGUCAACAAUUCAUCUGCCUUACUCUCACGCCAAUCUCGUCCUGCCGCCCCCUGUAUUGCAAAGUGCACGAUCAGAGGGCAUGCUCGCUCCGCCAAAAGAUGCGCUCGCGAAAAGUGCACUCGCUCCUCUGCUGCGAAUAGCGCACCUCACACUGCAAACGCAUUGGCCCACACUCGACGAGCUAUAUCGCUACCUCGACUCGAUGGAUCUCCUCGACGGCGAAAGGCUGCGGCCAGGCUGGGACACGUAUUUCAUGACUCUGGCAGGUCUGGCCUCGCUCAGGUCAAAUUGCAUGAAGCGACGCGUAGGAUGUGUUCUCGUUUCUUCGUUUCGCGUCGUUUCGACGGGCUACAACGGCACGCCAAGAGGAAUGCGAAAUUGCAACGAAGGUGGCUGCGCGCGUUGCAACGGCCUGCUGCAGACGUCUGCUCGUGGGCAACCGAACGGACGUGACACACACAUAGACGACACGGACAUGAGCUAUCAGUCUAUUGCCUGCGGCAUGGCACUGGACGAAUGCCUAUGUCUGCACGCCGAGGAGAACGCGCUUCUCGAAGCCGGACGCGACAGAGCAGGUGCAGGAACGGGCGGCGUCCUCUACUGCAAUACGUGCCCGUGCUUGAGGUGCUCUGUCAAGAUCGUGCAGUGUGGCAUCAGAGAAGUGGUCUAUUCGCUCAGCUACUCCGUCGACGGCAAGUCUGCUGCUAUCUUCAGGGAGGCCGGCGUGCGCGCCGUGCAUCAUGCGAGCCUGAGCCCGAGCCUGAGCCUGAGCCUGCAUCCGUACAAUUCGAUCGAACAUGAUGCCAACAACUCGCAUUGCGCUAUGCGCGUCUUUGACGGCAACGCUCUCACAUCGCUUCUCGGUACAUCCACAGGCAUCCAGGGCCAAAUCAAGAACGUCGGGCCGUUCACUCUAUCUGUUCUGACAAACCUGACGCAUGGCCUCUUUACAAUGAACGCAUCGCAACCGCUUGGCAAAGUGGGCUGGAUGGGCAUUGGCUUUGGCACGACGAUGAGCAACAGCGACAUGAUCAUCGUCUGGCCGAAUGAAGACGACACGUGGACACUAUCCCAUCGGACAGCAGAUGGCCACAACACGCCGACCGCGAGCAGUAGUGCUGAUGCCCAGCCAGCUCAGCUUGUCCCAGUCUCGUCACUUAUCACGAAUUCAUCCUCUGGCAGCUUCGCAAGCUAUACCUUCAUCCGCGCUCUCGACUUGACCGCGACCAGCUACAGCACCACACGCACACAGCAUAAUACGCUAGCAAGAGCGACAGGACAAGAUUUGAUCUAUGCCUAUAGCUCUAGCAAUCCAGGAACGAGCGACACGCUCACGCCAGAUCUUCAGCAGCACGACCACGGCGCGUACGGAUCAACUCAAAUCGAUCUGAGUCGAGCAGUCGUCUUUGCAGCAGAUGGCACAACCACUGCAACAGACACGAGCGGUAGCGAAGGCGAUUCGGCACCCUACACGCGAUACGACUACCUGAUCAUCAUCCAUGCGCUUUGUGGAGGUCUAGCCUGGCUCAUCAUCUCGCCAACUGCCGUCUUGGUGGCACGCACACUGAGACAUCUUCAAGGAUUGUGGUUCAAGCUUCACAUGCUCUUCCAAGUCAUCUUGACCCUCCUUUUGACCAUUGUCGCCAUCGCGCUCGGUGCUGCCGCCAUCUCAUCAGAAGGCUCUGAUCAUUUCGACAGCUUUCACACGAGGCUCGGCUUGAUCAUCGGCGUAUUGCUACUCCUCCAGCUUGCUCUGGGUUGGUACACGCAUGCCAACUUUGAUCCCUUGCGCACGCACCGACCCGCGCAGAAUAUCACGCACAUCUUUCUAGGCAUCAUUCUGACCAUAGCAGGCUUUGUCCAGAUCAAGACUGGCUUCGAGAUCUACGACAGAUCAACGCCGGGCUAUAUCUACGCGAUCUACUAUCUCGUCGUUGCCGGAUUUGCAGCAGUCUAUCUGAUCUCCGCUGGAAGAUUGGUACAGCAAAGGCGCGAUAGCGGAUACCGAUUCAGCAGGGCAGCAUUCGGACUUGGCAGGCCAUCGCGCGUCGGCGGCCUGUCCGACGACUACGACACGAAGCUCGUCAGUAUUGGCAAGCCACGCUUGGAUCCCUACGGCCACCUGAAUGGGUCAAGCCAAUGGGGAUCAACGGACACGAUCACGCACGACUCGUUCAGCCAUCUCGGACAGUACACAGGCAGUACACGCAGGACAUUUCAAUGA